AUGAAGGAUUUUCCGAAAAAAUGGAGUAUGGAUAUGGUGGAUACAGAAACAUUUAUUGACUCGAUGAAUCGUCUAAUGAACAAUGAUGACGAUGACACUUCCAGCAGUUCUACCGACGAUACCGACACAAAUAACACUCAUCCGUUACGCAAGAACCGAACUCAACUUUCAUACACAAACCUCAUAAAUGACCUGCUCGAAAAACAUCCGAACGCCGAGUACGGACAUUUCGAGUCUUACGCCAAUGCUGUGUAUUGCCAUGACUGUCAGAUGAUGCUGCUGCCAAAGAACAUUUCCCAAAUCCCGUGUAAGGUGUCGGAGAUUAUCGUGCAGCAAGACGGUACCGUGAUCUACGUACACUCUAAAUGCGAAAAACUGGAUUUGACAAAAUAUAUCCAUUCCCUAGCAAACAAGACCGGAAGCUGGGAAAAAACGUACUGGCAAAUAUGGUCGGAAUGUCAUUUCUUAACUUGCACCACGUGUAAAUUUCAGUAUCCGGUGAGAAACUCAGCAAUGUGCCAGUACCAUCCGGAAAGCCCUGAAUAUUUUCCGAUUGGAAACUUAGGCUUGGAGCAACCCAUAGGACGUUAUCCAUGUUGUGGUGAAAGAGCUUUCCGAUUUGAACUAGUAAAAAAUCCUUUCGGGUGUAAAUUCCGAAUGCAUGUUCCAAAUAAGGGAAAUAUAUAUUCUGGACGUAUCGUGAAAUUGAUGUGUAAUAACCUGGAUUUGACUGUUGAACACCCACCUGCGAUGAAUCAUGAAGCAAAAAUUAUGAAAUUAGUCAAUUUGGAACCUGGAAUAAAAAGACCAAAUUAUCAACAUUGGUGGUUAAAAUUGUCAUUAGGGAUCAAUGAUUAUACACACCAACCAAUAAUUUCAUUUGGAUGUAACAUUAAAAUCAGUCAGAAAAAACUAAAAAAAUGGAAAGAUUUAAAUAAAAGGAGAGAAAAAAAUCUUGUUGAAUUCAAGAAGUGGACAAACAUCAACAAUAAGGAAACGAUCGUUAAUUCCUCAAAGAUUUCAGUUAGUUCUAUGAAUGUCAAAAAAAAUGCAGACGUCAAUUCUCAAAUUUCAAAUGAAAAUUUAAUCAACGCAAAAAUUUCUAUAAACCAAGAAAACUUGUGGAAAAAUUCAUCAACGAUGACUAGCAUCCAGGAUUCGCAAAGAGAACAAGAGUAUAUAUUCUUCGACCAAAUCGCAGUAAAUCAUGUUAAAUCGAUAAAAGUAGUGAAACGUUCGUCCGGAACUCCAGAUCAACUUAAAGAUAGUUACACGCUGAUUUUGGAAAAUAUGCUAGCCAAAAUCGAAACACGAAACAAACCCAUGAUUUUGAAACUCGCGAAGUUGGUGAUCGAUAAAUCAUUUCAUACGAUUCUGAACGAAGGUUAUCCGUCAGCCUUUAUGAUUAAUACAGUUAAUGAUGAUUCUUAA